AAAACGUUGAUUUUUUUUAUUGAUUUUCUGCUAAUUUGGCAAUGUAAAAAUUAUUCCAGUAGAGGGCGCCCCACAGCGUUGUCAUUGAACAUUUGCUUUAGGCUCACUUAAAUAAAGCAAAACAAUGUAAGAAAAAAGAAAAAAGUACAGCCAAACGAAAAAGAAACACUUCCAUUCAUAAAUGUUUGAGCAUAACAAGCCAUCUUUAUCAACAUCUAUUUUAAAGUCAUUUAACUUAAUAUAUUGCAUACAGGUAAAAAAAACAAAAACAAAUAACAAACAGAUAAAAAUAAAUCGUUAAUGAUGGAGAUACCGACUAGAGCAAUUUCCGUAUACACAAUAUGAUCCAUAAAAACUUGUAAAGGUGGCACCAACAACAUUAAAAGUACAUUUUAAGUAACAGGUUCCUAUAAUCAUUCAGCAUGCUAUCAAUAAAAGUUACUUCCACAUUUUAAGAAUAGAGACUGGCAAGCAUUGCAAACAGGGACCAACAUAAAGCCUGCCUAUAGAGAGAAUAACUAGCAGGGGGUUCGGGCGGAGAUUUGCAUGUGGCGUCCGCUCCCCGGACCCAUACAGGUCCAGGUUUCUGCAGACGUCACUGGUCGAUGGUCUUUGUUUUCUCUCCACCUCCCGGAGGAGGAAUACAAGUUUAUCCUGCAGCCAGGGACGGGACGGUCGGGCUCUUCCGCCGCUGCUCUCCUCCGUCCGCGGGCGUGCAAUCAGACUUUCUCUCCUGUAUGGUGGACGUCCUGCUCAACACUUCUUUCUUGGAUGAUAUGGGGGAUCAUUCAAAAAAGAAGUCGGGAAUCGCAAUGUGCGUGGGGUGUGGAAGUCAGAUACACGACCAGUACAUCCUGAGAGUGUCCCCGGACCUGGAAUGGCAUGCAGCCUGCCUCAAGUGUGCAGAGUGCAACCAGUAUCUGGACGAGACGUGCACUUGCUUUGUUCGGGACGGAAAGACUUACUGUAAAAGAGAUUAUGCAAGAUUGUUUGGCAUCAAAUGUGCAAAAUGUGACAUGGGCUUCUGCAGCAGCGACCUGGUGAUGAGGGCCCGGGGCAAUGUGUAUCACAUGGAGUGUUUUCGGUGCUCGGUGUGCAGCCGGCACCUCCUGCCGGGGGACGAGUUCUCCCUGCGGGAGGACGAGCUGCUGUGUCGGGCUGAUCACGGCCUGCUGGUGGAGCGGGGCUCUGCAGGGAGCCCGCUCAGCCCCGGGAACAUCCACACCAGACCGCUGCACAUCGCAGAUCCCAUUUCGGUCCGGCACCCACCUCACCACCGGAAUCACGUCCACAAACAGUCCGAGAAGACCACCCGUGUCCGGACGGUGCUCAACGAGAAGCAGCUGCACACGCUGAGGACUUGCUACAACGCCAACCCGAGGCCGGACGCCCUGAUGAAAGAGCAGCUGGUGGAGAUGACCGGCCUGAGCCCCAGGGUGAUCAGGGUCUGGUUCCAGAACAAGCGCUGCAAGGACAAGAAGAGGUCCAUCCUGAUGAAGCAACUCCAGCAGCAGCAGCAGAGCGACAAAACCAAUCUGCAGGGCCUGACAGGCACUCCUCUGGUGGCUGGGAGUCCGAUCCGGCACGACAACACCGUGCAGGGGAAUCCAGUGGAGGUGCAGACCUACCAGCCUCCGUGGAAAAGCCUCAGCGACUUUGCCCUGCAGACCGACCUGGACCAGCCUGCUUUUCAGCAACUGGUUUCUUUCUCUGAAUCGGGUUCCAUGGGCAACUCUUCGGGCAGUGACGUGACCUCCCUGUCGUCGCAGUUACCGGACACACCGAACAGCAUGGUGCCGAGUCCCGUCGACACGUGAGAAGGCAGCGGGGUCAGCUGGAGGUCCCCCCACACCUGAGCUCUCAGCCGGAUCAUCCCUACAAGGAAGCGCAAAAGACCCCUUUGACAUUCAAGGAACCAGGAUGGAUUAUGCUGCAGGAUACUUUCAUGCAGGUCCAAACUGGGAGGACUGGAGAUCUGACUGCUACCUGGAUCCACAGCUGUAGAUGAACAUGAGGGGCUUCCUCCUGAAGAGAAAAAAAAAAAAAAAAAAUGGUGCCAAUAGCUACCUGGAUAUACUGGGAAGAAUGUGAUGGGAUUUAAGCACAUAAGCCUGUGCUGGACGUCUGAACAUCAAAGAUUCCAGUAUGUUUGUCAAGAAAAUGCAACCUGUGUAGAUGUGCAUGAUCUGUAAUUUUCACUAGACUGUUAUUGGAACUGUAAAUUAUUGGAACAGAUGAAAGAGGUGCACCUCUCGCCUUUCCUACAGUAAAAUAAGUUAUUAUUAUUUAUUAUGAAGACAAACAUAACUGAUCUUUACCAAUAAAAUAAUUGCUUACUGCA